AAAAAGAAAAAGAAAGGAAGCUAUUAAAAUGACAUCAAGUAGCUAAUGUAAUUAUUGGGAGGACUACAGGGCCCAUUCUAAGUUCCCUCACCAAUGCUCCAAACCACACAUGAGGAAAAUGUUCCUGCUGUUUCUUCCCAGGAAUGGUGGUGCUUACACCUGCCCUUGGCAUGGGCCAUUUCUGGAGCAAGAACAUAAUCAUUUCAUAACCUCUGCUCUGGCCCUGAAGCUAGACAUCUACCUCUGUUGCAGCCCUUGCCAAGAAAGUGGAAUUUUCCCAGAGCCUCUGAGCUGGAGCUGUGUUGUAAAGUCUCAUCUGGCAUGCUGUGGUACAUGAUCCUGACAAGAAGAAAAUGAAAGCCUGUGAGCGGGAUGUACAGUGUGGCACUGGCACGUGCUGCGCCAUCAGCCUGUGGCUUCGGGGGCUGAGGAUGUGCACCCCAUUGGGACGAGAAGGAGAGGAGUGCCACCCAGGCAGCCACAAGAUCCCUUUCUUCAGGAAACGCCAGCAUCACACCUGCCCCUGCCUGCCCAGCCUGCUUUGUCUGAGGUUCCUGGAUGGCAAGUAUCGCUGCUCCGUGGAUUUGAAGAACAUCAACUUUUAGGAACCUUCUGGGCUCCAGACAGCUCAUCGGGUCUCUUCCUGAGUAGUCUGGAGUGGUCUCUGCUAGAUUUUUAUUUCUACCAUGCAGUUCAGUCCUCCCAACUUGCCCAAAUCUUACACUGCUCCCCUGAUGUUGUCCUGUCCAGUGCUUACAUGGACAUCCAGGUGGACAAACCUCUGUGGCAUGGCCCACCACGCCUGAGGGAGGGGGUUCAGCUUGAAGCUGUGACUAUGAGAGGUGGCCAGCCUGGCUUUUCCUUGCUCAGGAGGACUGAGACCUUGUGAAGGAGGGAAGGGCAUGGCUCCUCCCACCCCCAGGUGACCUGCCCCUGUCCUGCACGUGCCCUUCUUCCUGAACUAGACAUUCUGGAGCACCAGCUUUGGGGUGCUGUGCUCAGACAGUUGGAAGGAUCAACAUCAGGGUGGUUCACUUUCUUUGAUUGAUUGACUUGAAAAGAACAGGGUCCAGUCAGCUCUCCACAGGGGACAGAAGUCAGGUGUGGGGAGCUGGAGAGCUCAGCCAGUCUCCUGUGUUCAGGUCCUAGCUAGCCUGCGACCUAUGACCUAUGACCUGUGACCUUCAGCCUGCCCACUAGGCUGGCAUUCCAAUGUCUCUAAAGCUCAUUCAACACCCUGACUCCUUUGCCAGUGGUGUCUUCAGUUCCCACCCUACUGCACUGAUAUUUUAGAGGAUAAUUAGAAAGUUUGUAAGGACCAACCCCGGGGAGCAGGUCUGCCACUGGACGUGGGCCCUCCUCUGCCAGGCUGAAGACUGAAGAAAAAGUGGGGCAGAGCUUGAUGCCAGGCUAGGAAGACACUGUAACACACACACACACACACACACACACACACACACACACACACACACACACACACAUCUAUGCUUUCUCCCUCGGCUUCAGAAUAA